CCUUUAUUCUCUACCUCUUCUUCUUUUACUUUUCUUCUCUCUCGAAUGUAACUUUGAGCGAAUACAAUAGACUUCUCUGUCUUCCAAAGUCAUACGCACGCAUAUCAUAUUUACAUUGCAGAACACUCCUUCCAGCACGAUUUCAUAGGAUAAAAGCCUCUUUCUAAUAACCUGUACCUCUAACCAACCAUGCCUCCAUACACUGCUGUCGCUUCUAUACCCCGCCACUUGGCCUUGGGCCAAAAUGGCUCCUCCGAUCCAUCAUCUCCACAGCAAUGCGAGUCACCAUUUGAUACCCAAAUGGAUCACCUCAAAUAUGCACAGUUUUCUGCCUCGGAGACAUUGAAGGUUGGAAUGGAAAGAGCGUUUGAUCCUAUCUCAAAAUACCGCUUGAACGUCAAGACCCAUGUCUUCAAGAAGGAGCAGCAAGAGUACGUACCUACCCGAAGCGACGAGCGACUUCGCAUCGAGACUAUCGUCUAUGCGGAGAUAUCCAUUGUGGACCAAGAAAAGGGUUCCAUGGUCCGACAGUACGAUUACUUACGGCUUCCUAGAAAUCUCUUCCUGGCUUUGCCCGAAAAGAUCAUGUACCCGCAAGAUAUGGCUUCGAAGCGCAUCUUGAGUGUCUCUGCAGCUGUCAUGUGUCCGUCGAACGACUGGAAGGUUGAGGAAGAGGCGUGUGUUCGUUGCUCUCGUCGUAUGUCUGCCAAGCUCGAAGAGAACGAAUGUCGUAUUAUGCAUAUCCUACCCGAGUUAUAUCGUACUGAAGAUGGCGAUGCAUUGGUUAACUUUCGCAGUGGCGUGGCCAAUAUCCAAUUUAAAAUCAAUUGCUAUUGUGGGCAUAAAAAGGAAAAGGAAGGAUUUGUAGUCCGAUUUGAAGCUCUGUCGGACAGUUCCAUUGCUUCCCAUGCUACCACGCCACUCAUGUUCUAUCAUCAGAACAAAAAUCGUAUGGCGGCUCGUGCACUUGCUGCUGCUGCCAGGACGCAACGGAAGGCUGAGAAGCUCCGGCAGCAGCAGGAAUACGCUCGAGCCCGUAGUGUUAUUAAGUCCGUCAGUGAAAAGUCGAAACGAGAACCACGGAGUAGAGGUAGACCACCGAAGAAUAUACCCGCAGGUCAGUCUCACCAAGCACAUCAGCUGCAGCCGCAUCAGCAACAUCACCAGCUACCUUCACCGUCAUCAUCGUUAAUGAGUUCUCCAGGCGGCUACUCAGUCAGCCCAAUUCUGCAUGAUUCGAUAAACCACACGGAUGGAUCCUUCCCAGCUACCUCAUUAUCUCUAUCUGGUCCGAUGAUGCCCUUGUUCGCUGAGCAAUCUCACGAGUGCGUUGCCAAUGUUCCACAACAGCUCCUUGUUCAGCAACAGCCCAUUGCCACUAUCAGUCAUAUGACACCCAAUAGCGGUCCUACUCGUGGCGGUACGCUGGUGACUAUCCAUGGCUCAGAUUUUACAGUUGGUGAGAUGAUGUACGUUUGCUUUGGCGAGAUAUUUGUACCGGUCAUCCCUCAGCACAGCCAAAUGUUAGAGUGCUUUACACCCGCCUGGAUGCGAGCUGAAACUGUCCCAGUCUUUGCAUUGCGUUCCGAUGCUCCUACAAGCCUCCUCUCCCAGUCAACAUUCACCUAUGUCGACGACAACGAGAAGGAACUUAUCAAGCUGGCUCUCCAGCGCGUCAUGACCAUUGCAGCACAUAUGGAAGGCUCUCUUGAUACAGUUAGAGAGCGUGCCAAUGAACUAGCUGCAUGGAGUGAUAUUUUAGGUACCGUGAGCAGUUUAGAUGGAUCGCUAGAUCUACCUACAUCCGUUUCAUCUACCUUCCCGUCCACAUCAUUCAACUCGACACAGGGAUCGCCGUUUACAAACUUGGAAACUAUGAUCCUAGAGUCGCUUAAGUUGACAGAUUCAAGUAUGAGCAGACACACGGAUGGGCUAUCGACUUGCACCAGCACUGGUCACACGAUGCUACAUUUAGCUGUCAUACUGCACCUCGAGCAGCUUGUCAAGGACCUGCUUUCUAGAGGUAUUGACGCUUGCGCCAAGGAUAAGAAUGGUUUGACCGCUAUUGACCUAGCACGUCUCUUUAAGAAUCAAAGCAUGAUGGAUAUUCUAUCCGCGACCAAGCAUAAGCAAGAUGACGAGGAUGAAAAUAACAAGAUUCAUCACCAUAAUGGCCUGGAUUCUUUCGACCUUCCAAGGUUUAGGCACCUGAAACUACUUACCAUAACCAAGAACAGAGGCUCAGGCGAUCCUCAUAUGAGCCUUGAGUGGACUGGUUUUGACCAGACUAAACACCACACUACCUCUUCUGCAAAUAAUGCGCACGCCACGCCACUCGAGUCGCGGGAGUACCUAGUGCAGCAGCGCCAACAGCAGCAGCAGCAGCAAAGGAGCGACGGAGCAAUGGCUCUGGCGUCUACUAUCUCCGAUAUUGCUCAGAGUGCCUCCACCGCACGACACAUUGAGGCUGGGGCAAUUGCUUCAAAGACCAUAGGCCAAAACCAUGAUCAGUCUCUCCACGAACGCCAGCAAGACAUUUACGGAGCAGAUAAAACUGCUAGUCCCGGGUUGGCUGCCCAUGGCGGAGAGGCCGGCUGCAAUGUCGUUGUGGCCCGCCGAGGCAGCAACGACAAUAGUAGGUUACUAGAUGGAUCUACUCAGCAGGCUGUAGUUCAGAGCAGCCGUUACGAUGUCGAAUCUGAGCCUGCGUUGUACCUAGGAGGCCAACCAGUGGUCUUAUACCACCACUGUCCCACCUCAUCAACAGCACUGUCGAACUCUCGUCAGGAGAGAGAAAAUAAUGAAUCCUUUAAUCACAUUGAGUCGCACGCUGGACCUAGCAACGCCAGCAAGAGUGAUGAUAGCGGUCUUGAUGGUGAAGGUGAUGAUUCGGCCUCUGUUUAAACAAUACACCCAUUGUUGUGUAACGCUGCAGAAGGACAUCCACGGCAGCCACGGACUACUGAUCUUUUUACAUAAGGAUUUCAUUAAAAGCAACAUAGCGCUGGUCGUAACAUCGUUUCAAUUUUUCUUUCUUUUGUAUAAAACAACAAUCAAACAAUUUCAGUGGUAUCAACUUUAUAGCUUUUUCUUUUUUCACUUUUGUGCCCUCAGUGUCAUAAC